CUCUUCUGUCUCUCUCUCUCUCUCUCUGAAUGCAAUGAGGGGGCAUGAUUGGAUAAAUUCGAGGUUACCAGACGAGUUGAUCUUGGAGAUCUUCCGCAACCUCGAUUCGAAGUCGAGCCGGGACGCGUGCUCUCUAGUUUGCCGGCGUUGGCUGACCCUCGAACGCCUCAGCCGUGAUACAAUCCGUAUCGGUGCCUCUGGUAGUCCUGAUGCCCUAGUAGACCUACUCGCUCGUCGUUUUCCUAAUGUCACCAACGUUUACAUCGAUGAACGCCUUUCUGUCUCUCUCCCCCCCGAUUUCGGAAGAAGGCGCAAUGCUAGUCACUCUGCCCUUUCAUGGCUCAGGCUUCACUUUGUGUCCGAAAGAAGUGAGUCUGGAGCUAGUGAAUCAGAUUCGUAUUGUAUAUCUGAUGCUGGUUUGACUGCUGUUGCUGAUGGAUUUGUCAAACUGGAGAAAUUGAGCCUGAUAUGGUGCUCUAAUGCAACAAGUGCUGGCCUCAGAUCUGUGGCUGAGAAGUGUAGAUUUUUGAAAUCUCUGGAUUUACAGGGUUGCUAUGUUGGAGAUCAAGGUCUAGUGGCGAUUGGCAAGUGUUGCAGGCAACUUGAAGUUCUAAAUCUACGAUUUUGUGAAGGUUUAACCGACACUGGUUUGGUUGAGUUAGCCCUUGGAUGUGGGAAGACAUUGAAAUGGCUGGGUGUUGCUGCAUGUGCUAAAAUAACUGACAUCUCAUUAGAAGCUGUAGGGUCUCAUUGCAGUUCUCUUGAGUUCUUGUCAUUAGACUCGGAGUUCGUUCACAACAAAGGAGUGCUUGCCGUUGCGAAAGGGUGUUCUCUUCUGAAAAACUUGAGUCUGCAAUGCAUUAAUGUUACUGAUGAGGCUUUGACUGCCGUUGGUGUCUUUUGUUUGUCACUGGAGUCAUUAGCGCUUUACAGUUUCCAGAGAUUUACUGAUAAGAGUCUUUGUGCCAUUGGGAAAGGAUGUAAAAAGUUAAAGAGUCUAAUGCUUAGUGAUUGCUAUUUCUUGAGUGACAAGGGAUUAGAAGCAGUUGCAGCUGGUUGCUCUGAACUUGCCCAUCUUGAAGUUAAUGGCUGCCACAAUAUUGGCACAUAUGGGCUUGAAAGUAUCGGAAGAUCUUGCAUGCGCCUUAUGGAGUUAGCUUUAUUAUACUGUCAAAAAGUAGGAGAUGAAGCCCUGUCUGAGGUUGGUAAAGGUUGCAAGUACUUGGAAGCUCUUCACUUGGUGGAUUGCUCAAUCAUUGGGGAUGAUGCCAUAUACAGCAUAGCUACAGGUUGUAGGAGUUUGAAGAGGCUUCAUAUACGCAGAUGUUAUGAGGUUGGGAGCAAGGGAAUUAUAGCUGUUGGUGAAAACUGUAAAUACCUUACAGAUCUUAGCAUUCGGUUUUGUGACAGGGUAGGCGAUGAAGCUCUGGUUGCUAUAGGCCAAGGCUGUCCCUUUUUACGCCAUUUAAAUGUUAGUGGCUGCCACCAAAUUGGAGAUAAAGGAAUAGUAGCUAUUGCAAGAGGGUGCCCUCAGCUAAGUUAUUUGGAUGUGAGCGUUCUUCAGAAUUUGCGCGACAUGGCGUUGGCAGAAGUAGGCGAAGGAUGCCCUUUACUAAAAGAUAUAGUGGUAUCGCAUUGUCGUCAGAUAACAGAUGUUGGUCUAGCUCAUCUGGUUAGAAGCUGCAAACUGCUUGAAAGCUGCCACAUGGUGUAUUGCCCAGGUAUUACUGCAGCUGGGGUCGCUACUGUGAUCUCUAGCUGCACCAACAUGAAGAAGGUUUUGAUUGAGAAGGCAAAGGUGAGCGAGAGGACUCAACGACGUGCAGGAUCCGUCAUCUCCUACCUCUGUGUCGACCUCUAGGCUAGCGGACUUUGUUUGCUUUGGAAACGGAUAGAUGCCCAAAUUCCCUUUUCUUGUACUUUCGAUUGUGUUGUAACGAGUGUAUUUCUUUACGAUCGAUGUUGCUCUAUUCAUGUAUGAUUUAUUUGUGUUGGUCUCAGAAAACUAAAGCUUCUGUUUUCUUAUGUAGAUGCAUUUUUAUGAACUAAAUACGAUGUACCCCUUCUUAGGGCAUAAUCUUUUGAC